CUUCAUAUUUUGCUUUUUGUCAACUCUUUCUUUGCCAUCUGUUACAAACACCAAACUCUCCUGAUUCAUCAGUUUUAAGUCUUCUUCAAGUCCCAGGGAUCAAUCCAAUGGCACAGAUCUUAGCAGCUUCUCCACCAUGUCAGAUGAGAGUGCCUAAACACUCAUCAGUCAUUGCAUCAUCCAAGUUAUGGAGCUCUGUUGUGUUGAAACAGAAGAAGCAGAGCAACAACAAAGUCAGAGGCUUUAGAGUUCUUGCUCUCCAAUCUGAUAACAGUACUGUCAAUAGAGUUGAGACUCUUCUCAAUUUAGACACCAAACCAUACACUGACAGGAUCAUUGCUGAGUACAUUUGGAUUGGAGGAUCUGGAAUUGAUCUUAGAAGCAAGUCAAGGACUAUCGAAAAGCCGGUGGAGGAUCCUUCUGAGCUUCCUAAGUGGAACUAUGAUGGUUCGAGUACCGGUCAGGCACCUGGUGAAGAUAGUGAAGUGAUUCUAUACCCGCAAGCUAUCUUCAGAGAUCCUUUCCGUGGGGGCAAUAACAUCUUGGUUAUCUGUGAUACUUGGACACCAGCUGGUGAGCCAAUUCCAACAAACAAGCGUGCUAAAGCUGCUGAGAUCUUCAGUAACAAGAAGGUCACUAACGAGGUUCCAUGGUUUGGCAUUGAACAAGAGUACACUUUACUUCAGCAAAACGUCAAAUGGCCGUUGGGUUGGCCCGUUGGAGCAUUCCCUGGUCCUCAGGGUCCUUACUACUGUGGAGUUGGAGCUGACAAGAUUUGGGGGCGUGACAUUUCAGAUGCUCAUUACAAAGCUUGUUUAUAUGCUGGAAUUAACAUUAGUGGUACUAAUGGUGAAGUUAUGCCUGGACAGUGGGAGUUCCAAGUUGGCCCUAGCGUAGGAAUCGACGCUGGUGAUCAUGUUUGGUGUGCUAGAUACCUUCUUGAGAGAAUCACAGAACAAGCUGGAGUAGUCCUAACACUUGAUCCCAAACCGAUUGAGGGUGACUGGAACGGUGCUGGUUGCCACACCAAUUACAGUACCAAGAGCAUGAGAGAGGAAGGAGGAUUUGAGGUGAUCAAAAAGGCCAUCUUGAACCUCUCGCUUCGCCACAAGGAGCACAUCAGUGCCUACGGUGAAGGCAAUGAGAGAAGGUUGACCGGAAAGCACGAGACAGCUAGUAUCGACCAAUUCUCAUGGGGCGUGGCUAACCGUGGAUGCUCUAUUCGUGUGGGACGUGAUACCGAGGCGAAAGGAAAAGGUUACUUGGAAGAUCGCCGUCCAGCAUCUAACAUGGACCCAUACAUUGUGACCUCACUUUUGGCAGAGACCACACUCCUGUGGGAGCCAACUCUUGAGGCGGAAGCACUUGCAGCCCAAAAGCUUUCUUUGAAUGUUUAAAAUUAGUCGAAACUUUCAUGAAUCCGAUGAACACACAUGUCUAUGUGGUCUCUCCGGGAUCAUAAGGUUGUUUAAAACAUUUGUUUGGAUUAAGACAUUAUUUGUUGUCUUUUCAUUUGCAUUGUUGAAACUAAGAACUCUGUAUGGGCAAUGUUCAUCCUUUUAUAUUGGUUCUUUUGACUUUUAUGGUCUUACCAUAAGAUAUUGUUCUAGUCAUCUUAGCCAUAUUUUAAAAUAAACUUUUGCUUUUUUG